CGCCGGUAUCGUAUGUGCCUCGUAUACGGAUUCACGGGCCGGUGAAUGCAGAAACCGUGUGUUUCUGAAGAAUAGUAAUCGUUGUUGCGGAGUGUCAGUCCUCACCGCUCGCGUGGUGAAGGUGUAUAUGAGAACGGCACGCGUGUAUAUCUAUCGGUUCGCGUAUAGUUGUGUAUCGGUGUGCGGAUGCUCGCGGUGGUGGCAUAGGUAGUACCAGGGGAUCACCGAGCGAAUCCGGAACGUUUCAUUGUCGUACACGCGGCGGCCGCAUCGCGAUCGUGCUGUCGCUAUCGAUCCAGUUACUUCUCAUUCGUAGUUGGAAAACUUUUUCUUCUUUUUCCCGCGGAGGGAAAUUUCGUUCUUCUUCGGCUCGGUUCAUCGCGCGCGGAACAUCGUUCAUUGUCCCGGGAUGCGCUAAUUCGUACCUCAAAUGCGUCGUAUUCGCGAAUUACUGGAACGGGGUGAAUCCUCCUCGUCCCAUGACUCAGUUCACGGAAAGUCGGCUUUAUUAAUAGUCCUUUAGCGCGGACUAUUCGGCAAAGUGUUUUUUGUGCGUACCAGAGAAAGUGGCGUUGAAUCAAAUUAUGAGGCGGCCAAAUAACCGUGAAGAGGAACGUUGAGCCGAUCAACGUGGGGGAGAGCCGGAUACCAGUUCCACGCGCGGCACGGCCGUCUUUUUUCCCGAAAUCGAGAGUACUUGGUACACCGUCGCUUAUACCUGGGCAUCGGCGUUCAUUGAUACUCUCGGGAUGUUUACAAUUCGUCGAUGCCGAGGACGAGUCCGGUACUCAUAAAAAGUGUGGGCCACAAGCUGUGUCUACACCGUCGAUCGAAGAUUCGGGACCUAAGACAUUCACGAUAUCACCCGUGUGGGAUAUUGAUAAAGAUGACGUGCAACAACUGGCUAAUUUUUCCGAAGAAAAGAGCAACUUUUUCAGUUUGCUCGAGAAUUCUCAAUUGAAUAUGAUUGAGGACGCCGGCGAUAGCUGCCUCUUGGAUACAUCUCUUGGUUACAAUGAUACCGCAAUAAACGCAACACCGCACUAUUUAAUGCUCAACAAACAGAACUCCUUUGAACAUGACGAAAGCCUGGGUAUAUUGACUCCCGACCAGAUGACCGACUUCACAGUUGCACUAGAGUGCUCUAGGACACCAUCCUGCGAAAAUCUUACAGGAUCAGCAGGUUCUAGAUUAGCAUUAACGAGAGCAUCUGCGUCACGACCAUCCGCCGAUGUUGAACCGACCGAGGAGGCUUCUAGCGAGAGGACACCGUCUCCGGAGGAACUUCCACUGGAUCCUAAACCCACGGAACCCGUUAGAGGCACUGUUCCUAUCAGUUUUGUAACAUCGGUGACGAGUAUCACUAGUCUUGAGGCUGGAUAUCAAGGUGACGGUGAAAACUCAAGGCCAGCAAGUCGUGGGGCUGAUCCACCGUCCGUCGCACCACCGCCAAAUCUUCCCGUUCCUUGCAGGCAAGAUCCGAUGACGGAUUCGGAUUUCUUUACGGAAAGUGAUGCUGACGCAUAUGAAGAAAUCGUGCGCGGUGAUAGAAAAGCUCAGGUGAUCGACGGUACUCUUUUCUGUGCGCCUGGUGGCCGAAGAUGUCCGAGCUUUACCGGAGAAGAAAUGGAUUCGAGUGGAAUUUAUUCAGAUCUUGAUAAAAGGCAGGACGAACUUCAAGCUCCCGAGGAAGCAAUUGAGGAACACGGGGAUCGCACGCCGGAUACUAUUGAUACCGAAGUUUCCCAGAGAAGUCAGCCUACACCGAUUAAAGCGGACGUUAUUAUGGAUUAUUUGCAGGCUCCUGUAAAUUCUCUGGAUGGAUUAACUGAUUCGAACGGUUCGAUAAAUCCUGUGGAAGUCACGGUAAUCGAGGUGGAAAGGACGAAUGACAGCAUAAGAUCGAAAGCACAGAGCAAAGCUGAUUUAAUUCCGUUGAAGAAAUACAAAAUGCCUAAGAGAAACGUUGUCUCGAAAAUCAAAGCGAUGAUUGAAUCCGGUCCAAAGGAUGAAGCGGAAAAAGAAGCUCGACGUUUGCAGAGAUCUAGAAAUGGACGUUGGGAUGCUGUUAUGAGUAAAAUUGAGGCUGGAAAAAAUGAGCAAAGAACUAGGACGGUUAGAAAAGAAGUGAAAUCCAGAGUACUCCAAAGUAUUGGUCAAUCAUCUUCUACAGGAUCAAUUCAAAAAAAAGUCGGUGAUGCAAAUAAUAAUAGUAAUAAGGAUAAAAGGAGAAUACGUGGCCGGCAAGAAACAAAGUCACCAAUUGAAGAAACUGCCAGAAGCUCCGUUCGUAGCUCUCUGAGUGAUCUCAGCACUGGACGCAGCAAAGACGCACCAAAGAGAUCACCAACAUCGAUAAAUCCACCAAGAAGACUGGUAGCAAACGGUCGUGGUAGUCAACAGAAUCGUGUCAAUAGUUUCGACACCAAGAAGAACUGCGUAGAAAUUUCGCCUAUCAAUCUCGAGAAGAGCCCGUCAGCGACGCGAAAAACGACAAUAACGAGAAGAUUACCAACUACUGUCCCAGGGAAACAGCAUAGUUUAACAUCGAUAAAAGAUCGCGAAACUAAGGAGCACAGUAAUAGCUAUGUGGUGACAAGAGCGUCUUUAGAGACGCGAGAUCAGGCCGCACAAACCGACAUACCUUAUGAUGCACUUCGAGUAAAACGAGCGGAACAAGUUAUACAAGCUCUUUCUAUAACCGUACAAUAUCUGGCCUAUGAGUUGGACGCAUUUUCUACACCAAAACUUAAGAAAGAUUGCGAGAAUAUGAAAAAGGAAUGGAUGUCUUCGUGCGCGGAGAUUGAAAAAUUGAGGGCUAGAAACCUCGGCAUUGAAGAUAGACUAGAAUCGGAGAGAGAGAGUCAUCGGAGAGCCUUGGACCAGCUUCGUGAAGAUCUGGAAGCUCGACACGCGGAACAAAUCGCCAUCUUGGAAGCGGCUCUACAGGAAGAGAGGCGCAAAUGCGAAGUCAGAUUACGAGAUUCGUUAAAUGAGACUGCAAAAGAACAUCGAGCCGCAAUCGUGAAAUUGCGGUCGGAACAAGAGGCUGAACUGAUACGAAAGGAAGCGGAAUUUAAGAGAAGAUCUGUCGUUCACGAUCAGGGGGCUGCGCUCACGGCCGAAGUUGAAUCUUUAAGAUCGGUGCUAGAGAUUAAAAGUCAAGAAAACGCUACGUUGAGAUCGGAUCUUGAUAAUAUCAAGCGAGAAAUCGAGGACAAAGAAGCUUUACAGCAACGCUUGGACACACUUGAGGCCAGAUGCGAAGAUUUGAAAGCGCAGAUUCAAUGCAAAGAAGCUCUCGAGAGGCAAAUAUCUCAUGAUAAUGAGGUACUUCACGAAUCGAUUCAUCAGAUUUCCAAGCAGAAUAAACGUUUGGCACAACGUAAUGAAGAACUGCAAUGGAGGUUGCGUCAAAAAAACGAAGUAGUGACCGUUCUUGCGAAUUUGACGCCUAGGCUUUCACGUUCUUUAGGCCCGGAACACGUCGAACAGAGUCUUUCACCCGACAAGAACGGUCCGCAGUCUUCAUCUAUGGUUAAAUUUAUGGUACAGAAAGGUGAUUCGGUUUCAUGGACAUUGGAAAUCGAUGAUGAAUUUUCAAAGGGAGGAUCUGAUACAUCUUCAUUGGCAACACCACCAAAAAUGGGUAGAUCGGAAACAACUACAUCAGUAUCUAGACAAGGAUCGCUCAGAUUAACGCCUAGAAGGCCUUCCGUAGAUAUGAGAGCAAGAUCCAAAAGUAUUUCCGUUACGGAUUCCACACGAGUAGAGGAAUCCACUUGGUCGCCUACAUUUAAUUCUACACCGAUUACUCGACGAAGACCUAGAAGUGAUCCAUCUUCUUCAGCUUCGUCCACUUCCUCGUCAUCCUCUUCUUCUGCAACAGCAGUAACUACAAAUUCUGCGGUGGCUGUUGCUGUUGCUGCAGCGGCGGCUGUCAUUGUGGUGCAAGUCAAAGGCCUCAAGAAGCAGGUGGUGAAGCAAUGAUUUCAGAAGAAACAUCUGCCACAAGUAGCGAGGAUGAAUCGUCCACGAGUAGCGAUAUUCCUCCAUUGCCAAUACAAUUUUCUUGGGGUAAACCAAUUAAGUAACGUUCUCAUAGUCCUCUCGCUUAAUACUUAAUAUUUCGAUUGUGAAGAGUUAAUAUAAUUCAAUUGGAACAAGUUUAUUUGGUAAUUCCAUAAUAUUUUGUGACAAUUACUCCAAGUGUUUCCAAGAU